AUGGACGAUUCCCAUUUCAACUCAUCAUACUUUUGGUCUCCCGUCCCCACUGUACAAGGACAGGUAGAGACAACCUUAUUGUUGGAAUUGUCUUGAAAUACACAUGGUGUCGUAGAAAUAUGUGCAAACCAUAACCAGCAGCAAUGAUCAUUUUGACUAUCUGUAGAGAUAACAUGAUUUCAGCCUGAACAUGUUAAUGACAGCGAUUUCAAAUGUUGGCUUAAGUUUACUUUGAGGAUGUCUUAAUUCUACAUUUUUUCAUAGGAAGGGUUCACUUGAUCACGUGAUCACUCCUGUCCCUCUCCUCUCUCAUCUCUUCAACCCCGCUCUCUUACUUUUUUUUUCGUUUACUUCUUGCAUCUCACCAUGCCUUCGUUCUCUCUUCUCUCCCAUCGCCUUCUUUCGGAUCUAACUCCCACCCUUCACUCUCCUCAUCUGCUGACUGGAGUCGCACCUUUACCUCUUUACCAAUCUCUUCCCUCAUUAUCCUCCUAUCCAACAUCCUCAUUGUUAACCAUGACCUCACUCCUCCUCCUCACUCCUCUUCCACACCUGUCUUUCUCACGGCCUUCCACCCUCACCCUGCAUCCUUUAUUUCUUCACCCGUCCUCUUUCCUCCCUCCUGUCACCAUCCCGUCCCUCCACUCAUCCCCGUCUAGAUCGAGAACGCCAUGUUCCUGAACAAGGCGAAGGAGCAGCUGGGUCCAGAGAAGGCCAGCGCGCCCUCCUUCCCUCACUCCUCUGCGUCUUCCACCUCCUCCCCGCACUACCCUACAGCGGUGCUCGCCAUCCCAGGCUCGGUGGACGGAGGAGCCGGGUUGCGGGUGAUCCCCAAGCAAGAAGGAGGUGGGAGCGCUGCUGGAGGAGGAGGAGGCAACAACAGCACAUCCUUAAGUGUAGUCGGGGGACACCUGCACCAGUCACACACCUCGCAGAACAUCACCGUCGUGCCUGUUCCUUCCACGGGUAUCAUGACUGCAGGUGAGUGGACGGCCAUCUCUCUUAUUCUGACUGUUUCAUAAUAAUCUCCACUUUUUGUGUCAUUCCUGCUCGGUGUUACUGAAUUAGUUUGUUUUUCACCUGAAGAUUACUGCCUCAGGAACAGACACACUUACAAAAAAAUUCAAUCUUUGACUGAACUCGAGCUGCUUUUAUCUGAUAUUACCGGAGAUUGAUGAGUUAGUUGGUCAAAAUUACAUUUCAUUUAUUUCCAUUAGCUUUGGCGAAGGCCACCGCUAUUCUUCCUGGAGUCUAUAUUUACAAUUCGCUCUCCAUCGCAGUGCAAAGUCACAAAAAACAUCACGCCACAAACACAAAGACAACGUCAAUAACCACGACAACUCACAACAGCCUACAAGACAAAACAAAACUGGAACAAUACAAACAACAAACUCAUAUUACUGGACCUCAUUCAUUUCCACAGUGUAGCUAUAGUUCUGAAACAUUCAACUCAACUCAACUUUAUUUAUAUAACACUUUACAGAGUUGAUCUUAAGUGCUUCACAACAACACAGAGGAAAAACAAAAAAGGAGAAAACAAACAGACGACAAAGAAGAAGAGCAGACUGAGUGACAGUAAUAAUAAUAACGAUAGCGAUAAAAAUAUAGUUUUCAAAACCAUCACUAUCAUCAUCAUUGAUAAUGACAACACAGAUCUACUGACCUACAGAGCUCACAUGUUCAAAUAUCAUUAUACAUUUUACAUAAUUGAAUUAAUUUACAGAAAGUGUUCCCAAUACAAAAGCAGACUUCAGAUAUUUCAUUUAAAUCAGACAAACACUGAUUGAUUGUACAUUCUUGUAAUUAUUUGGAAUAUUUAUUAAUCAUUUUUAGCAAAAAUAUUUGCUGGUUUAAGUCUUAAAAUGAAAAAAUUGCAUUUUUUUGGGUCGUGUAAAAUAAAUAAAACAUUAACAGGGUGUUGAUGCUGAUUUGUCAAGAGGGAUAUUUUGGUCAAGAUGAGACCAGCAUUUUUUGCAUUUUUUUUAAUUCAAAGACAAAAUCUUCCACUCAUGAGACAUAAAUUCAUCAGUGAAUUGAUAAAUAGAGCGGCUAAUAAUUUCCUGAGCAGAUUUUAAAAAGUAAUGAUUCAAACUUUCCACUAGUUGUUUGUGUAUUUUUUUGGCUCUGGCCUCACUCUGAAUAUUCUUGCAGCUUUAUUAUCUGCAGCUAAUCUGACCCAGAAUGCUCAAGUUAGCUCAAAGACUUUGUUUUGAAUGUUUCUUUUGACCAAAUGAACCCGAGAUGAAGGUCUCUAUUUCUGCCUCAGCCGGGUUAGUCAUCACCACCCCUCAAGGCACGCUGCUGCCCACUGCCUCCACACAGUCGUUUGUGACGGGGCACCCCACUGCCACCACCAUGAUCGUGUCGGCGCUGCACCCCUCGAACUCAGGUGAGACACAGACACAGCCCACUGUCACUUCAGUCUCUGUAACACUUUGAAAUUAAAAUGUAGAAAAUCAUUACUGAAAUAUGUAUUUAUAACUUUCUCUUCUUUUUUAAAACUUUUAGACAAGAAGGAGGAUAUCACUGUCCCACCUGCAGUUGUCAUGCCAACGCCAUCAAAGCGAGGCAGGAAGAGCAAACAGAUGAUGGGAAGAGUGACAGGAGUGGGAGGGGUCCUUCCUCCGGGAAGUGAUGCGCUAAUAUUGGCUCACCUAGCUGCUGGUGGACAGGUGAGGUCUCUUUUAACUUUAAUUUUCCUGUUGCAGUUUUUUUUUAACCCUUUAUCAUCUGUCUGUAAACUAUAUAGUCAAAUUGUUGUGUUCCAGCAUCACUCAGCGGAUCCAUAUGAUCUGUCAAAUGAUGAGGACGAUCAUCCCAGCAAAGAGGGCCCCAAAUCCUACAGGUGAGGAAAGGAUAUCACAGAGUUUAUCUCUACAUGCCUCUCAGGCUUUAAAAGUUUUAACGCUCCCUCUCUCGUUCAUCCCUGAAUCAGGUGUCGGAUGUGUGCGGUGACAUUCUUCAGCAAGUCUGACAUGCAGAUCCAUGCCAAGUCCCACACAGAGGCCAAGCCCCACAAGUGCCCCCACUGCUCCAAGUCGUUUGCCAACUCCAGCUACCUGUCCCAGCACAUCCGCAUCCACAGCGGGGCCAAGCCCUACUCCUGCACCUACUGCCAGAAAACAUUCAGGCAGCUCAGUCACCUACAGCAGCACACACGGUACAGCGCUGAGUGCUCUGUGACAUCCUGUGCGUGUCUGUGCGUGUGUGUGUGUGUGAGUGGGCUUACCUACGGGGUCUCUGUUGGGAAAGCACGUGUGUUGGUUUGUGUUUUGGUGGGAGGGAUAACAUAUCUUUUUUUUUUUUUAGAUCAUUGACAGUGUGAAGCUCUUUUUGCAGAGUCUAAUCAUCACCCUGGAAAGGUGCAACACUUUUACCAAAUUUAAACGAAAUCUGGGUUUCUAGUAUUUUUUAUCAAUACAUAUUCAUUUCUUUUUAUCAACCGACGAAUCAUCAGCAAGUGAUGCCAGCUUCAUCAUUAGGUUUUUCACUUAGAGGAUCACCAAAUAAGCCACUUAAACGCCUGGAUGGAUGCACGGCACAGUGUUUGUUACCUUUAGGUGAUCAGAGGUCUGUUUCAGAGAGGAGGUUCAGCAAACUCAGAGUCCAACCUUCUGUUUUAAGGGGGGAACUCUCAGAGUUUGGUUCCAGAACAGCUGAUCUGAGUAAAGACGUGCACAAAGCAACAACAGUAGUCCAUCCCUGUACAAUUACAUGCAGAGAAUCAUUCAUUUAUGACCCAAUCAGGUGUUAAUUUUACAGGUGAAAAAUGGUGAAAUGGUCAUAGGCUGUUGAACCUAAAGUGUAUUUAAAUUUAGGUGCAUUCUAGCAGAGGUAAACAGGACUUGAAAGCAGCUUAAGAUGAAGUAAAAUAACAUAAUCCAGAAAGGUAGUUCCACAGCAGUAAGCUCAUAGCGGUACCUCAUAUGAAAGUAAAUAACAUCCAGCAGCUACUUCACUGUUUAAAAGACUUUUUAUUCCCAACAUUAUUCUGGUCUCACAGAUGUAAAUGUCCUCUCUCUUUUAUCCUGUUUAGUUCAUUAAGUUAGGAUUUACAUACUAGGGCCCGACCGAUUUAUCGGUGGGCCAAUUAAAUCGGCCAAAACUCGCCAAUUUUCGCUGAUAUUUCCAGAACUAAAACGCAGAGAAUGAGAUUCGGUAUUACUUCGAAAAUGUUCCUCCAUUUGAAAAGUUCCCCGACUUAUCCUGUAGAUGGCGCAGCAACCUCGUGACAACCUUCAUCCACUAACUACCUCACAGCACAGCAGAGUGACGGAUCUGAAGCAGGCAGAGUGGUCCGCCUCAACGGUAAAUAGUUCAGUUCGACCCACUUCACGAUGUUCCUCGCUGUGCUGGUCUCGGUCACGCCGAGUUAACGCUGAAGCACCAUGUAAUAUGCAAGCUAAAGUUAGAGUUAGCCACCUGCUAUUAGCCUUGCUACACACCUUGCUAAUUGGCCAACCCCCCCCCAUAUUUGGUAUUGUCAUCGGCCCCAAAAUAUCCAUAUCUGUCGGCCCUAUUUCAUACACAGCAGAAUGUAAAAGAAACGGUAAUGCUUCAGCAGGUGCUUAACUGUAAAUGAUAAAACAUUCAGCUGGGGUUGAAAAUUCCUCUCCCUAAAGUUGAUCUCCGUUCAUCCGCAGGCUUCUCCAUAAAAGGAUAUGAUAUGUUUGAAAAAGAUUAGGUGUGUUUGAUUUAGGCUCGCAGACUUUACCAAAACACCUGGGUUAUUACUGAGACAAACGCUGAACAUAUGGCUGUAAUGGGUGAAUAAAUGAAUGUUUAAAUCCAGGUACAUUUGUAGUUCCAUAAGUAGAGAAAAGUUGGAGAAAAACUCACAGAAGAAACUCCGAGUUUCUCCUCUCUGAAACAGACCAGACUUUCCCUAACAGACUCAGGGUUUGGACUAAACCUGCUUUCUGAAAUGGGCCCUGCUUAUUACCUUACCCUCUGCUGCUGAUACUAUCACACGCUUGGCAUGGUCCUGCAUGCAUCUCAGUUUUUCUGUUUUCUUUGGAUUCAUCUCAACUUUUCACACAGCUCCUUCAAAAUCUCCUCUUUUUGGCCUUUCGCUGUCAAGCAAGCUGCAAAUGAAACGCCAUUCAGCCCGCCAGUUAUUUCAGUUAAACAAACUUUCCUAUCAAAUUAAAUCCUCCCCUUUAAUUUAACCCCCCUCCUCUUGCUUUUUUAUCUUUCUAUCACUGCUCUGAGUCCACCUGCAUGUUUUAUAGACCCUCAUGAUCAUAUUUCUGACACAGACAUGAUGAACUCUUAUAUUCUGAAGCCAUGCCAUCAUGAGUUUUAUGUUUAACUUUGUCAUUCACCUUAUUUACGUUCUCAUUCCCCUUAUUACCAUGCCCUGGGUUUUUUCGUUACGUAUACGACUGUAUACGACUACAGGACAUUUAUUUUAAACAGAAAGAUGCACUCUGCUGGCCUGCUGCUCAUUUUAGAUUUUACAUUACAAUCUGACUGCAGCAGAGCCAGACAGUCAAAGAUGCACUCAGUCCACUCAAAGCAGAGCACAACAAGAGGGAGGGACUGGUGAGAGAGAGAGAAAGAGAGCGAGAGAGAGAGAGAGAAAAGCGUGACUGUGCUUGCUGUAUGUUUUCGUUCUGUGUUUUCAUAACUCAGACACAGCACAAAGAGCACACUGUCAAACCUAACGAUCCACCAUCAACGCUAUUGAUCGAUUGAUUGAUCGUGGAUCUUCUUAUUUCUGACGCAUGAUUUGGUCUUCAGUUCAUCUUGAAGUUUGGUCAUGCUGUAGCUUAAAAAUCUCUCGCUGUUUCUCUCUCUCUCUCUGUUUCUGUCUCUCCACCUCCUCACCCCCUGCGACCCCCCGUGUCCCGUGUUAGAAACCACACUGAGGCCAAGCCCCACAAGUGUCCCCACUGCUCCAAGUCGUUUGCCAACUCCAGCUACCUGUCCCAGCACAUCCGCAUCCACACCGGGGCCAAGCCCUACUCCUGCUCCUACUGCCAGAAAACAUUCAGGCAGCUCAGUCACCUACAGCAGCACACACGGUACUGGGCUGGGCUGGGCUGGGCUGGGCUGGGCUGGGCGGGGUUGAAUGGCUGGGUGUGUGCAUGCAUGGGGGCAGGUGUGCGGUGAGUUCUGGCACUAUGAGUUGUUUGAAUUGGGAUGUCAGCAAGUUAUUUACCUUAACUAAUAAUUUAGUUUAGUAACUACUAAUUUUUUUGUACGAUAUACACAUUAGCUUUUUAGAGUUUAUCUGUAUAUAACGACUGUAUAUCCAACUAUCUGACCAUGAGGGUUACAGCUUUGUUAUUAACCAGAAAACAACCCAACACGCAAUUGAUUUAUUACCACAGGAAACAUGUUCUCAGAGGUUUUAAAGGAAUAUUCCGGCGUAAAAUUAAUUAAGGGUCAAACACACAGUAACACUGAGUUAGACACCCCAUCGAGAGAUGAAUGUUCCCGACCGCUUGCUUCUCUAGUUAUACCAACUUUAGUAACGACCGCAGAUAGCAAUACACAGCAGUCUGAGGAGCCAUAAACAAACCUCAACCAAAACACCACUCUAUAGCCACAAAUAAUGCUCAGAACAGCACCUAACUUCAUCAACAGGACAUAUAGGGUCACAGCCAUAGUACUAGACACCAAACAUCUUUUUAACUUUGCCUGAUUUCUUUAAUAAGGAGACUAAACACAACUCACCUACUCUCUUCCAGCAGCCAUUUGUUUAUAGCGAGACCUCAGGCCAGUCCAUUACAGACUGCAGUGGGGUUCCACAGCUCAAGGAAGAACAUUUAUGAUCAUUAUUUUAUAAGAUGCGGUAGUUAUUCUGCCUUAGCAUUUUGGUUUGAUUGUAUUUCCAUAAAGAAAUCAUCAUAAAUGUUCUUCCUUGAGCUGCGUCACCCCACUGUAGUCCGUAAUAGACUUGCCUGAGGUCUCGCUGCAAACAAGUGGCUGCUGGAAGAGAGUAGGUGAGUUGUGUUCAGUCUUAGACUGCUGUGUAUUGCUAUCCUGCGGUCGUUACUAAAGUUGGUUUAACUAGAGGAGCAAGCGGUCGGCAACGUUCAUCUCUUGAGGGGGUGUCUAACUCGAUGUUACAAUGUUUUUGACCCUAAAUUAAUUUUACACCGGAAUAUCCCUUUAAAAUAAAUCGAUGACAAUAGGGAUUGCUACUGAUGGGUGUUGUCACAGAAAUCACGUCCAUUUUAUCGUCAAAAUAUUGUCCAAAAAACUGACAUGGCAAAGCCCAAAAUAUCAAACUCGGUGUUCAAAUGUUGUGGGUCAGAUAAGUGAGGUGCUUCAUUCUCAGUUCAGUGCAGUUGUACAGUAUAAAUGACAAACUCUAAUACAGUGAUGUGUUUUUCCAGGAUCCACACAGGGGACCGACCGUACAAGUGUAAUCAUCCCGGCUGUGAAAAAGCUUUCACUCAGCUGUCCAACCUGCAGGUAAACUCACUCACAGGUCUGAUUCUCGCUGACUCUCUGUAGCAUCAUUUAAAUUAAAAGUUCUCACUGUCGUAUUUUUGAGAAGACCAGAAGAUUAUUAAACAGUCUUUGAAAUAGUUUUGUCUUGCUCUGAUUAUACAAAUUUCUAAGCUCUGUGUAUUUGAUGAACACCUCUCACUCAGUCCAAACCUCCUCUCUCGCUCCACAGUCUCACCGUCGGCAGCACAACAAAGAUAAGCCGUACAAGUGCCACAACUGUAACCGUGGUUACACGGACGCUGCCAGCCUGGAGGUGCACCUGUCCACUCACACCGUCAAACAUGCCAAGCUGUUCUCCUGUGGCCUCUGUAACCGAUCCUACACCUCGGUACGACUUCAGACUCAUCACUCAAACACCAGUUCUGAGUGCACACUGUACUCUGGUCUUGAUCUGAUAGAUUAGAGGAACACAGAGAGAGCGUUGGUGAGAACUGUACUUUGAAUACAACAGUAAAGAGAAAAAGCAAAUGGAAACCUGAUAAUCAAAAUAUUUGUCUCUGAAAGCAUGUUUUGAUACAGGAGAGUUAAUAGGAAGCAGGAUCCUCCACCUGCAAUUCUGGACAGGAUCAGGUCAGAUAUUAAAAAGGUCUUAGGGGUCAUUAAAAUCAGCACAAAACAAUAUUUUUAGCUCUUAAAGCUCCUGUGGGAAGUUUUAAAACAGACUUUAAUAGAUACUGAUGCCUCUUUGUGAACCUUUAGGAACCUCCCCUCCUCCUUUUUCCCGUUGUCAUCCUCUUUUUCUCUUCCUCUUCCUCCAGGAGACGUAUUUAAUGAAACACAUGAGGAAGCACAACCCCGACCCGCUAACAGUGGCAGCAACAGUGGCCGCUCAGCAGGCACAGGGCCUCACGCCGGGUGCAGGAGGGGGCAGAGGUCGGGGCCGUGGUCGAGGGAGAGGAGGCGGCGGCGCUGGGGGCAGAGCGGGCCAGCUCCAAAACCAGACCAACCCCAACAACAAUAACCAGAACCCUAACGCUGGACCCCCAGGCAGCUACCAGCAGCCCCCGGAAGCCGUGGUUCAGUGUCCGUUUGACCUCCACCAGUACAAGACCGUGGCUGCCAGCGAGAUCCAGUACAAACCAGUCACUGUGGGGGAGCUGCCAGUGACCCACAAAGACCUCUGCCUCACUGUCUCCACAUCAGCCAUACAGGUGGAGCACAUGAACUCAUAG